AUGCUGACAUCUACGUGCCCACCGAUCUCACCAAUUCUUGUGCAUCCGACACGUUUACCAACACAUUUGCCACCACCACCGUUUUUUGUCCAAACAGACGGCACUCUCUAUUUUCCACCCGGUUUCUUGCCACCACCAUUUCCGGCGGUUUCAGACGAAGAAGAACUUCACGCUCUCACAUCAACCACCGGAUUCUCUGACGAAUCAUCGUCUGCUUCAUCAAUCAGUGGAACUGACAGUGAACCAUUGUUUUGUUGUCCAAACGUUGGUGUUGCACCAAAACAACAAACACAAAAACAAAAAGAGAAAAAGAGUGUAGUUUUGACAUUGAUGCCAUUAACUGGAGACGAAGAUCACGAAUUGAGAAUGUACGCAAAAGCACAAGGAGAAGCGAAAGCGAGAAAAUUUGGAGGAAGAAGGAAUAGUAGUGGAUCAUCGACAUAUAGUGGAGGCGGACCAAUGACACCAACAACUUCAGAAUAUUUUUCAGAAACGGUAUCAGUCAGGGGACCCCCAAAAUUUAUUAUUUUACAGGAAUUAAAAAAAAAUAGAAUAAAAUGUAUUUUUCCAGGCUUCAUCUCAAGAUUCUGGACGUGCAACUGGUGGAUUAGCUUCAUCACUUUCGCCGAUGGAUGAAAAUGGUGGGUUUUUUUUAAAGAAAUAAUAUAGAUUUGAUAGUUUAUUAGUAUAUUUGUUGCAGGUCAAGUUAUCAACGAUGACAUCAAUGAUUUAUUGCCAAUGUAUGAAUUUGAAAUUCCAAACAGUUUGGUCGGUUUAGUGAUUGGUGUGAAAGGAAAAACGAUAAAGGUGAGUGCCGCGUCGCUUUCUGAGUCAUCUCCUCCCUCAAUUCAUCACCAUUUUCUAUUAUUUUCUUUUUUGCAGGAAUUGAGUGUUCGCACAAAUGUUCGAAUGCUUAUACGUCAACAUCACACACCGGAAAAAGUCAAAACACAUCAAAUUUGUCAAGUUCGAGGAAAACGCGAUGAAAUCAAUCAUUGUUUGCAAAUGUUGCGUCGACGAUUCCCGUCGCCACGUUUCCCAGAAUUGAAUUUGCAGCCGGUAUUGCCACCGCCAUUGCCAAAUAAUAGUUUUGAUAUGUUAUCCACACAACCAACUUGGGUAAGGAUUUUCGAAAGGGAUUUUUUGGAAAUUUUUUGAAUUUAGUCUCGAAUUCUAUUACUUGGAAAAAGUUUAGUCCGAAAAUUAUUACCCUAAAUAUGAAAUUGACGAAUUUACGUUGAAAAGGUUUUCUUGCCCUCCUCACACAUGUUAUUUUUAGUUUUUUUUAUGUGAUAGAUUAUAAUCGGUAGACAUCCAUAACAUAACCAUUUUCUUCCUUUUCACCCUCGUUAUCUAUUAAAAAUAUCGCCUUUCGCGAGAAAAAUCGAAAUCGAGACCUGUGAAAGGUGUGAAAUCGAAAGAACAAAAUAAUUAUGAGGGGAUCUGUUUUCUAAAUAACAAAAUUGUUUGUAGCUCACACUUCCUGAAGAUAUCAAAUGCGAAAUUGCGGUUUCUGCCAUCAUUGAUCCAUCGCAUUUCUUUAUUCAUCAACCAUCACAUCCAUCUUUCAAUUCAUUGUGCCAUUUAGAUAUGUAUAUGUUGAGAUUGUAUGGAGAACACUCGAAUUUGCCAGAAUUGCCAACACCGUGUCAAAGUGAGUUUUGUUCUUCUUUCUUUUUUUUCGCUGUGCUCAUAAAUAUGCUAAUUUAUUUAUUUUUUAUGAUUGGGAACCAAAAAAAACGAGAUUUAUUGGUCAAUUUUUGAAUAGGGUCGAAGAAUACGUUUUCUGUUAAAGGUCUUUUGUACUUUUAGCUCAAUUGAUAGAGAAAAAUGACGUAAAAUCAAGAGAACGAGUUUUUUUCUCAUCGAGAUGAAAGAAACUGAUUAGAAAAGAAAAAUGUGUAAAAAAUUAAUUUUUAUCACGGAAAUGAAUUUUCGAAAUUCAAAAAUCAUUUGUUUGCAGAUGGAUUGUUGUGUGCUGCACCGGUUGUAAAUGCGUGGUUCCGUGCCGUAACUGUACAAUAUUAUGAAGAUACCGAUGAAGUAUUUGUGAAAUUUGUUGAUUAUGGAGGAUAUUCGAAAAUGGCUAGACAAGAUUUGAGACAGAUUCGGUUAGUUUUUUGAUUUGAAAGUCAUUAUAAUAUUCUCCUGAAUUCCAAUUUUGCAGAACUGAUUUGAUGUCAUUACCAUUCCAAUCAACAGAAGUAAUGUUGGCCCAUGUUCGACCAGUUGAUGGAACAACAAAUUGGAGUGAACCAGCAAUGAAAGAAUUCAAUGCUUUGGCAACUGGAAGAGUUAUUUCGGCAAAAUUGGUCGGAUAUGCGAUUGAUACACGAAUUCCGAUGGUUGAAUUGUAUAUUCCGACUAAAGAUGCUAAUGGAGAUGUUACGGUAUGUGAAGAGUUUUGAGGGAAUAAUUUUGAUAGAAAAAUUCUCUGGGCGAUCCCAAGAACAGUUAUUUUGAAGGAAUGUUGAAAAUUCCGUGAACAACCAGAUUUUUAUAAAUAUUUUGUGGUUGGUAAAUUGACUUUUCUCGAUUAAUUAAUUUUGAUGAAAAUGUUGAAGUUAAACUUGAUUUCUGAUGCUCUAAAAAUUAUAAAUUUGAACCAGAUGAUCUAGAAAAUCAAUUAUUAUAUUUUUAUUCUAAAAAUCACCAUCUUUUUUUUUAGGAAAUCCGUUUCGAUCAAUUAUUGAUGGAAAAGGGAUUGGCAAGAACAGCAGAUCCAUCAAAAAUGGUCCGACCAUCAAAUGCAUCAAUUGCCGCAACUCAAAUUGGUGCCAAACGACCAUCUCUCACUUCACAAACUUCGCAAACUACAGUAGUCUGCUAG